CACGUUCAGUUCCCCAAAUUGUUAGGGCUCUGAUUGAUCCCCAAAAGAGGAUCUCUCUCUCUCUCUCUCUCUCUCUCUCUCUUUCUCUCUCUCUCUCUCUUCUAUUUCUUUUUUCUCGAUCUUGUUUAUAGAUAAGAAUCAGAAUCAGAAUCAGAAUCAUUCUCAUCUUUUUGUUUUUUUCUUCUGUUUCUUUUUUCUCGAUCUUGUUUAUAAAUAAAAUCGGUUUCAGCGUAUUGAUUUUUAGUGAGAUUACUGUAUACCCAAAAAGAAAUUCUCCAGCUUUCUCAUCAGAAUUUCACCAUGACUUCGUUCCCCAACAUGGACGUUGAUGAGCAGCAGCUAACCACUGCUCUUAACAAUUUAUCUGUCCAAGAUCAGAUUUAUGGCAAAAAUUGAAAAUCUUGGAAAAUGAAUGAGUCAGGUACCUUUUUGCGGGGAAAUUUUUGAUCUUUGUGUUUUCGAGUUUCCAGAGGGAAAUGAAGAGUGAAGAGGAGGACAAUCAUGGUGGGUUCUGUGCGAUAUGCUUGGACAAGAUAGUGCUGCAGGAAAUAGCUCUUGUAAAAGGUUGCGAGCAUGCUUACUGUGUGACAUGCAUUCUUCAAUGGGCAACGUAUAGCCAGAAUCCAACGUGUCCACAGUGUAAAAAUCCAUUUGAGUUCCUCAACAUCCAUCGAUCACUUGAUGGCAGUAUCCAGGAUUAUAUGUUUGAGGAGAGUGUGUGUUUACUUCUGAGAGCUACAUGGUUUAAGCCUUUAAUCGUGGAGGAUCGCAAGGAUGUGUAUGAUGAACCAUAUGUAUAUGAUUAUGUGGAGGACUACCAUGAAUAUGAUGAUUUGGAUGAAGUCGAUGAUUUAGAUGAAGCCUAUUUCAACAACUCAUCGAGUCUUCGCAUUGGUAAUCGAAGAUGGGGAUAUAAUGGAUACGUUAGUGCUGGGCGCCAAGAAGCAAGACCAGUCUACCGGUCAAAUUUUCAGGACUCAGGCGCUGGUUCAUCCCAACAACCUAAGAAAAAGGAGGUUGCAAAAGACAACACUGGACGACGAGCAAAGAGGGCACUUAAGCGUGAAGCUGCUGAUAAAGCAGCUGCAGCCAAACAUCAGUUACAUUUGGCAAGGUUGGGUAGGAAGUAAUUCUAUUUCUCUAAGCUCAUCAAACAUCAAAUAUUAGACCUUGAAUUCAAACUCUUUGUACAGUGUUUCUAUUCUAACUUUGUCAAAAUGGUGUACCAUUAAAAAAAAUGAUAUGUGCAGUUGUGAAAUAAUGUCUGUCAUUUAUCAGGCAGUAUGUAUCAUGUUGGUGGAAACACUAUUGGAUCCAUCAAGUUUUAGAUUUCUAAUCUUGAUUUCUUUGGACUGAAAGUUGUUGCUCAUUCUUUUUCUUGGACAUGCAUGACUCGGUUUUGUGAAGUGAUGGAUAUCCAUAGUGAAUGAAUGUACCAUGUAUGUUGGUGGAAAUACUGUUUUAUCUUAUUCAGUUUUAGAUUUCUUAUCGUAA